UUUGUUUUCCGCCCUGACCCUUCAUGUAAAGAGUAAAUAGUUCAUGCCAACCGCGUCUCGAGCGAUGUUCAGGGAGGAGUAGCCGAAUUCGGAGUCUCCAGCAAUAUCACAGUGUGACGAAAAUCGAAUUACGUUUGUUCCGUUUUUUUUUUACACAACAAAACGUAUACGAGUAUACGUAAAUACGUGCGCUGAUCAGUGCGAGAGGCCGGGACCUACGGUGCCGGGGUUCGUCGUUUAAAGUCGACACGAAAUAGAUGAAAAAAAAUUAAACGGGCCUGGUGAAAAAGAAGCAUUGAAACUACAGUGUGAAUGAACGUGGACAACCAUUAAACAAAUAAAAUUAGUGACAUACUAAUACAGAAGCAACCAUGGAGGACGGCCAUUGCAAAACCGUGGACGAGGUGUUAAAUUAUUUUAACGUUGAUCCAGAGAAAGGAUUGUCCGUUGAUCAGGUCAAGAGGAACCAGGAGAAGUAUGGUCUCAACGAGUUGCCAGCCGAGGAGGGAAAAUCCAUAUGGCAACUAGUCUUGGAACAAUUCGACGACCUUCUAGUUAAGAUUCUUCUAUUAGCUGCGAUUAUUUCUUUUGUAUUAGCUUUAUUUGAAGAACACGAAGAUGCGUUCACGGCCUUCGUCGAGCCCUUCGUCAUUUUGCUCAUUCUCAUUGCUAACGCCGUGGUCGGUGUGUGGCAAGAACGUAACGCUGAGUCUGCGAUUGAAGCGUUGAAGGAGUACGAGCCCGAGAUGGGCAAGGUUGUACGAACCGACAAGGCUGGUGUCCAGCGAAUUCGAGCUAAAGAGAUCGUGCCCGGGGACAUCGUUGAGGUGUCCGUCGGUGACAAGAUCCCUGCUGACAUCCGUCUUUCCAAAAUCUUCUCCACCACCCUCAGGAUCGAUCAAUCUAUCCUGACUGGUGAAUCGGUCUCGGUUAUCAAGCAUACCGAUCCUGUUCCUGACCCACGCGCUGUCAACCAGGACAAGAAGAAUAUCCUGUUCUCUGGUACCAAUGUCGCCGCUGGCAAAGCUCGUGGCGUGGUAAUUGGAACUGGCUUGAACACUGCUAUUGGUAAAAUCCGUACCGAGAUGUCCGAGACCGAGGAGAUCAAGACGCCCCUGCAGCAGAAACUCGACGAGUUCGGCGAGCAAUUGUCGAAGGUCAUUUCCGUCAUUUGCGUCGCUGUCUGGGCCAUCAACAUUGGACACUUCAACGACCCCGCCCACGGUGGAUCCUGGAUUAAGGGAGCCAUCUACUACUUCAAGAUUGCCGUCGCUCUUGCCGUAGCCGCUAUCCCCGAAGGUUUGCCAGCUGUGAUCACGACUUGUCUGGCUUUGGGUACCCGUCGUAUGGCCAAGAAGAACGCUAUCGUGCGAUCUUUACCGUCCGUCGAGACUCUUGGUUGCACUUCUGUCAUCUGCUCGGACAAAACUGGCACUCUGACCACUAACCAGAUGUCCGUUAGCCGAAUGUUCAUCUUCGAAAAGAUUGAGGGCAACGACAGCAGCUUCCACGAGUUUGAAAUCACCGGAUCGACCUACGAGCCCAUCGGCGAUGUCUUCUUGAGGGGACAAAAGGUUAAGGGUCAGGAUUACGAAACCCUGCAUGAAAUCGGCACGAUUUGCAUUAUGUGCAACGACUCGGCCAUCGAUUUCAACGAGUUCAAACAGGCGUUCGAGAAGGUCGGUGAAGCGACGGAAACCGCUCUCAUCGUCCUUGCGGAGAAGAUCAAUCCGUUCGGUGUCUCAAAGAGCGGACUGGACAGGCGUAACGGAGCUAUCGUCGUCAGGCAAGAUAUGGAGACAAAAUGGAAGAAAGAGUUCACCCUGGAGUUCUCUCGCGAUCGUAAAUCCAUGUCGUCGUACUGUGUGCCUCUUAAGCCAACCAAAUUAGGUACUGGACCAAAGUUGUUCGUCAAGGGCGCCCCUGAAGGUGUCUUGGAUAGGUGCACGCACGCACGUGUCGGCUCUAACAAGGUUCCUCUUACCUCUACUUUGAAAAAUCGUAUCUUGGACUUGACCCGCCAAUACGGAACUGGCAGAGAUACCCUUCGUUGCCUUGCUCUUGCCACUGCUGAUCACCCGAUGAAACCCGACGAUAUGGACCUCGGCGAUUCCACGAAAUUCUACACAUACGAGAAGGACCUGACAUUCGUUGGUGUCGUUGGUAUGCUCGACCCCCCUCGCAAGGAAGUAUUCGACUCCAUUGUAAGGUGUCGUGCCGCUGGUAUUCGCGUUAUCGUCAUCACUGGAGACAACAAAGCCACUGCUGAAGCCAUCUGCCGACGUAUCGGUGUCUUCACCGAGGAUGAAGAUACGACUGGAAAGUCAUACUCUGGACGUGAAUUUGACGAUCUGGCUCCGUCUGAACAGAAGGCGGCUUGCGCCAGGGCUCGUCUCUUCUCCCGUGUGGAACCUGCUCACAAAUCUAAGAUCGUUGAGUACUUGCAGAGCAUGAACGAAAUCUCGGCUAUGACUGGCGAUGGUGUCAAUGACGCCCCUGCUUUGAAAAAAGCUGAAAUUGGUAUUGCUAUGGGAUCUGGGACCGCUGUAGCAAAAUCCGCCUCUGAAAUGGUGUUGGCAGAUGACAACUUCUCUUCCAUUGUCGCCGCCGUUGAAGAAGGUCGUGCUAUCUAUAAUAACAUGAAACAAUUCAUUCGCUACCUUAUCUCUUCCAACAUUGGUGAAGUCGUGAGUAUAUUCUUGACUGCCGCCCUUGGUCUUCCCGAAGCUUUGAUCCCUGUUCAGCUUUUGUGGGUCAACUUGGUCACUGACGGUCUUCCAGCCACUGCUCUUGGCUUCAAUCCUCCUGAUUUGGAUAUCAUGAGCAAGCCUCCCCGCAAAGCCGACGAAUCUCUCAUCUCCGGCUGGCUGUUCUUCCGCUAUUUGGCUAUUGGCGGAUACGUAGGUGCUGCAACUGUUGGAUCAGCUGCAUGGUGGUUCAUGUACAGUCCAAAUGGCCCGCAGAUGAGCUACUACCAACUGACUCACCACUUGGCGUGCUUGGGCGGUGGCGAAGAAUUCAAGGGCAUUAACUGCAAGAUCUUCACGGAUCCUCAUCCCAUGACGAUGGCUCUGUCUGUACUCGUAACCAUUGAAAUGUUGAACGCUAUGAACAGUUUAUCUGAGAAUCAAUCUCUCAUCACUAUGCCGCCCUGGUCUAACUUGUGGCUCAUUGCCUCUAUGGCUCUUUCUUUCACACUCCACUUUGUCAUCCUUUACGUCGACGUCCUUUCGACUGUAUUCCAAGUUACCCCCCUAACGGCCGAGGAGUGGGUUACCGUUAUGAAGUUCUCCAUUCCAGUGGUACUUCUUGACGAAACCCUGAAGUUCAUUGCCAGAAAGAUUACAGAUGGUGAGAAUCCAAUUUACACAGUGCAUUGGAUCGUUCUAAUGUGGGCUGUGUUCUUUGGACUAUUAUGUAUUUGUCCCAUAUAGAACAUCCGUGAAACAAGAUUAGUCUAACAGACGAUGUUUUUCCUAUGGAAAACAUUUACAACUGAGUUCUCGGACUUGCAAUUGCAUUUAACUAAAGUUCUUCCCCGUUGCCCGGGAAGGUCGAGAUAAGUUAUUAACGAAGUGCGUUUAAGUGAGAUUUUAACCAGUUUGACUGUUGUGCAUGGUGUUAGUACAACCAUACAAAUUUGCCACCAAGGCCCACCAUGCCCGCAUCACACCAGUACCCUGACGUCGCUCUACAAUCAUACGGAUUUCAGUGGCAUCGAGUGAUAAAGAGACCCAUCGUAAUCAAAACAAAUUGUGAUUGUUGAAUUAUUUUCUACGAGUGCCUUUUAAACAUUAACUUUUCUCUGCAAGAAAACACCCAUCGAUGUUCUUUCUAACUUAUUAUGUUACACACUGCCCCUACCUUCUAAACCCCUUGAACACUAAUUGCAUGCCCUCCUAAACACAAUGCACUUCUAAACACCAUUUAUCUUGGGUAGCUAUUGUUAAGUCCUUUAGCUCAUUAAAUAGCCGCCUUAUUAGUGCGCGUAUGCUAAGUCUGACGAUGUCUUAGCAAUAUUUAGAAGGAGACUAAUUUUUUUUUGUUUUUUUUUUUUUUUUUUUUUUUUUUUUUAAUUUGAAUUCAAUUCUGUUUGAAGAAAGUAAUGUUUGAAAAUGUUUUUUAUAUACUUUGUUACCGUAGAAUACAAGAACACUUGAAAUGAGUUAAAACAUCGACAGAAUGGGGUCCCAUAGCAUGAUAUUCAUUACUUUUGACAUAGCUCUAAUGCUGGGCAUUUGACCUUAACGCACACACACACAUACACAGCAGCUCACUUUACUUUUCGGUUUACAAUAGAUGUUCUGGGCUCUUUUAAUUUAUUAUACGUUCUAUCUGCUUUUGUUGUUGCUUAUUAAAAACGGUCUUGUUAAUCGAUCCUUAGCAUCAAGAGUGUCCGCUUCAAUCAAGACGUCUAAGCUGGAACUGCCUGAUUCGUUGCUGAAAUUUCAAGACAGAGAUAGUGCAUGAAGUUUAACUAAAUGGAUCUCAUUUCGAACCUGUACAUUAUGUCUUCCUUCCCACCGAAGUAAUGCAUGCACAACGGUAUUGAUAUAAUACAUCCUCUAAAUUCACCUCGUAGAACAAUUCGCUAUUAGCUACUAGGAAAAAAGUCUUGCCGUGCUCAACAAAUUAUCUAUCAUCGUUUCAUUCAACUUCUCUUCAACUGUAAUAAUCAAAUAAGUAUAAUUGUAGUACUUAUGUAAUUUGAUUCAAACGUUGUUUAACUUCGAUCGAGAACAGAGGUUAAAAAAAGCGUCUUACUCGUAUGCAAUCGAUCGAACGAGCACGGCCGGAUCUUAACAUCUUGCACUCUCAUUGCAUUCACUUGAUCUUUUUACGUGUACCUUAUCUGUGUGAUUUACAUGUUGAAUGAUCGAUACCAUACAAUAGAUUUGUAUACCACUAAUUUAUGGGUACGGACUGCAAAGGCUCGUGCGUGUAAAAUAAGAAAUGGACAUUGAAACUCGAUCGUCUCCAGCAGUCCGUAUCUCAUCGUAUUAAUUCCCCUCCCACCCCCGGAGGGUGCUCUGAACACGAGAACGCUCGAUCCUAGAGAUACAUCUACGGUUCCUAUUAGCGACGACGGCUGGUCCAUCGAUACCAAACGAGAGGUCGAGUCGUUCGUCAAGCUCCGUCUCGGUCGUAGCACAGUCAAAGUAAGACGAAAGUGGCUACACGUGUUCCUGAGAUUUAAUUUCACCGAGCAGGUUCUGGUACAGAGAAGGGUAAAGUCAGGCUGCAUACUAACAGAGGUCUCGAAUCGACUCUUACACAAUAGUCAAGACACUUUUACGCUGUUACAAUCAAUUCAUGAUUUAGCGAUGAUAAGUAAUAGGUAUAGAAACUAAUUUUCUGUCCUCACAUUCAACUCUUUAUCUUUAGAAGCAAUAUUUACCUACCACUUUUCUUUAUCAUAAAUUAUUAUAUGUGCAUUCCUGAAAUGUGUAACUCAAGAUUAAAAGUUGGAUGGUUUCUUUGAAUAAAUAAGUGGUAAUUUUACCACGGAAAGGCACAUUAAUUUCUACGCCUUAUAAUAUACUUGGUACAAAGAGCGUUUGGUUUUGGUUCUGCUAGUUGCAUUCAUCUUAGCCGCGACACUGUUAAUCUACUGACUAUUGAUUAACAGCAUCGAGGAUUAGGAUCUGCUAGUAAUCAAUAUUGCUCCACGUACCAAAGAAUACUACUUAUCAGAUACAGGAGUGUUUUCCUAAAUAUAUUUAUCUUUAAAAGGGUGCUCAGACUUCCAACCGGUAAGCGGCCUGGCCUCUAGAUUUCUUAGAAAUCCUGUUACCGUCGGACACCUUUCUCCUGUCCCCGUUCCCCCGGUUGACGCAUCAACGUAUAGUCGUCGAGCGAGUAUCGAGUUCAGACACUGCCGAAAACUACACGCGCCACAUGCGAAAAAAGAAAACAAACAAAUGAAACAAACAUCCGGGUGUCGUCACGAGUACGUGGGCCUUUUUAACGCAAUCUGACUGUCUCUUUAGUCAUUUUCAUUUGGGGAUUUUUUUUAUAAAUCGUGUAUGGGCAGUCGAGCCGCUAUAAAACGAGCGCGUUUUUAGCAGCAAAAAGAGAGCCACUUCUCGACCCGUGCAAACGCAACAAGACUGACGAUGUGGUUCGAGGAGUGGGAUUUUGUUGUCCGUGCAUCCACCCCCCGUUCGACGUGAAUACAUAAUAAUUUAAUUUUGCGUUAGGGCGAUUACGCGGCAGAGUUCUCGUCCGCACUACGACAUAGCGUAAUAUAUUAUUAUUAUCAUCGGCUAGGGCGUGAUACUUUUGUUUUUCCUUCUUUCUGUCUUUUUUUUUUCUUUCCUCUUUUCUUUUUUUGGUAUGGGCAUAACUAAACUUAAUUAGACAAAGGCAAAUUGUGUGACGACGUGUACCGUUGCAUGGGUGCACGGGUGCGUGGUUUGCAGCACGUGCGCGCUUAGAUGGGUAUAUCUUGUCCAGAUAAGCAAUUUCAAGUCAGAUAAACCUUUAUUAAUAAGAUUACUUGUCGAUUAAAAACUAUGCUUAGACGAGUGACCAUUUAACCCUCUGUUACAUAAGAAUUUUAUUUACUUAAAAAAAGAAAUUUUUCUUGGUUGUUUAUAUGUUCAGGAGUUAUUGAGUUGAUUCGUAAAUAACAUCUUUUCUUAAUAUACAACCGUUUCUUAAUAUAUAAUUUAUUUUGGAAUGUACUAUUACUAGACUGCGGAUUUGAUGUAUUUAUGUUGUACAAUAAUAUAGAAAACAUACAUCAAAUAUACAUAAUGUAUGUUGAAUAUAUUCUACAAUUAUUACAAUAACACUUAUUUCAUUUUGCAUAAAAUUUUCAGUCUAAUUAUUACAUAAUAAAUCUGUAUUAUUUAGUAGGCAAAAACUUGCUACCAACUUGCGUGUUUCUCGAAUGAUUGCUAUCGCAAAGUUUCUUUUAUAAAUCAACCCAAUAAUGUUCAAGUUGAAUAUUGAGCAACAGAGUUCAUAAAGCUAUCAGAUGUCCUAAUAAUAUUUUUUCCUUGGUUCAAUUUCCUUUGUUUGUAUCGAUUAAGCCACAGAGGGUUAAUUCUUGCUGAUAAAUCUCUGUAUAGAAUUUUUCUUGUUAAAAUUGUGCUCAUCUUUGGCAUGUGCAGCCCCCACUCACGCACCCACCUGAUACCGCUUGAAAGUAUCGGAAAACAGCACUAACGUUGUGUGUUUUGUUCGAAGUAACGCAAUUUUUACUUUGUAACGGUCACGAAUAAAACCCGUGCCGGCAGAUCAUCCUCGACAACUUUGCCCGUUGCGAUAUAUAUUAUAUAUAUAUAUAUAAUUUGAUUUUCUCCAGUGUGAUUAUGUUUGCAUAAACGAGAAAGUUCGAAUCCUAUCUCCAAACGCGGGGAUACGUCGAGGACGGUGAUUGCCGAUGCGAGCAAAAAACAAAGAACGUUCUGAUACCACCUCACGACGCUCAAUAAACGUUGGAAUUUUCAAUUUUUUUGCGUUCAUUCGUGGUAUACAUAUAUUUUGUAAGUACUUGAUUGAUUGUGUGAAUUGUGUUUUGAUCUGGACCGGAAAAUGGAAACAGUGCCAUUGAUGAAAAAGAAAAAAAAAAGAGUAACGACAAUUCUUUAAUGCGCAGCGUUACGCAAAAUAGAGAAAAAGCAUUCCCCCCUUUUGCGAUUCACGUGUCAGAGACAUCGUACGUGUUUGUUAUCAUCGCGGAUCCUAACGGAAGAGAAAUUAUUUUGGAAUUGUUCGAAAAAAAGUAUAUUUUGACUUCCCCUCUCGAUCGAAGAUGCAUAUGUAUAAUAACGAAAGUCACUGAAUUAUGUUAACCAUAAGAAAUAUUGCAGAAAAAGAUAGCAUUUGGUGGGCUACCUGUCGUUUGAAAAUAAAACGCAUGCGUGUUAGACUCAUAUACCGCCAUGAUUAAAGCUCCUAUGGCGUCGUUAUUUUAUUUUAUCACCUUUACUGACGUUUGCAUUAAUUAAGAACGAUACAAUAAAGAUGUAUCGCCCACCAACUUGCCAUCUCCAUUCCAGUUUACUAUAGCUCAGUGACCAGAGUUAUCGAGUAAGAGUGCGUUCAGACAGACACCGCUUACUAAGGAGCUCUGUGAGCGCUCACAGAGCGAGUAAGCUUUAAAAUUGAUCGUUCCCAAAUAUAAUGACCGCUUCUUGGUAACAAUUUCAAUUCAAUUUAUUUAAAGUUUACUACUGGGUAGGUCCUACAGACCUAUUAACACGUUGUUUUUGCCUGGUAGUAGCCAAUUAGCGCAAAAAGCAGUCGGCAUGUUUGAAAGCGAAAAGCUUAUAAGGACUCCGCUCGCAGAGCGACUUAGUGAGUAGUGACGUUUCUAAAUACAGCCAAUGUUAUCAGAACUCGUUGACGAUCCGGCUAGUUUUCUCUGCACGUGGAUCGAGCCUUUGCCUAACGCUCCGUAUCUAAUCUAAUACGGUAAACCUACGAUGAUGAAACCCACGAUCGCAUCGUUCGUGCAAGGAAGUACCUAUUUCUAUUGAUAGUAAGAUAAUAAUAAUAAUAAUAAUAAUAAUAAUAAUAAUAAUAAUAUUGAUAAUAAUAUUAAUUAACUUAUAUAGAAUGCAAUGACAUUGAAUGAUUUUGAUUGAUAUUCGCCAGACGCACUUGUGGCGAAUCACGGUGUGAUCCUAAUUAAUUAGAAAUCUCGAUAUUUAACGGUCCGACGAGCCGGACGAAUUCGAUGUAGAGAGAGAGAGAAAAGAGAAGCAAAAACACGUAUAUAUAUAUGCAUACAUAUAUACAUAUGAAAAAAGCAAAAAAAAAAAGAGGAACACGCAAACGUAAACGUCGAACAAGCCUCCCGCAACCGUUUGCUGGUUACGUUUAUAAUAAUACUAGUUCACGCGUACGAUUGAUGAUUGUAACUACACACAUACACGCAGAGACACGAGUUACUACGUCCUACGACCACGGCGCCAUUGGCCCGCCAUUAGCAAAAGUUUGUUUAUUUAUCGUGUUUUAUUUAUCUCUUUUAUCAUUGCAUUUUUUCGAAUCUAAGAAUCGGAACGAGAAUUAUAACAAGUGAAAGUAUCACGACGAUUAUCAACGACUAGCGACGGUCCGACCUAGUGCAUUACUUGUUAUAAUAAUAAAAAAGAGAAAAAAUCAUUAAUGUUAACAGUGCGUGUUCGUAAAGCAAUGAUCGGCCUAUUAAUCUAGAAGAAUGAAAAACGAAAGGAAUACGGACGAGCGCGAUUUUUUCGGUUGGAAACAGUGGCAUCUGCCGCGUGUAUGAAAGUCGAACACUUAAUAUAAUAUGAACGUAAUAA